GCUACAACAGUGCCUGGAACUGACGAAGAGGCAAAGGCCAAUGCGUUGCGUGGCCUGAAAGAGCUUCGGGAGAUGGAGCGCCUGGAGGCCGAAGCUGCCAAGAAUGCGGAGUUGGAACGGCGGCGCCAGCUGUUGACUGCAAAGACUAUAGUCCUGGGGGAUGAAAGUCAAGGGGAUGAGGUAGCCCAGCCGACUCAGCAGAUGGUUGACCAGGAGGCAGCUUUGGACCACUACCUCAAUGAGUUCCCGAUCUUGGUCAAGCGCUUUGGGCAGGAGCAUGCGACCAGGAUCCAAAUGGAGCGGGAAGCAGCUGUGAUACAAUACCGUGAUUCCUUGAAGGUGACACCGGCUGCAGCAAAGGCAUCAGAGCCUGCAGGCAAGGCUGUUGCAGCGGCCCCCAAAGCAGCUGGGAAGACUAAGGCUGAUGAUAAGGAGAACAAACAGCCUGCAGCCAACAAUGGACAGGUUAAGGAGCCUGCGAAGAGGCCAGCUGAUCUCACGUCAGCCGACGCUUCAGCAGCGAAGAAAUCGAAGCAGCAUCCUUCGCCUGCAACCCAGAGCUCCCUGGUGUCGCCUACCAGUAGUGCGCCAAGCCCGAGCCCUCCAAGUGCACCAAGUUCUGAAAGCGGAGGAGGGUCUGGUUUGCAGCGUGCGUGCACACACACAUCAUUGAGUGCCCUGCUCAACAGAGCUGCCACCUUUGAAGCUGAUGGGCUGGAUCCGGAAGGGUUCGAGUGUGCUCUCAAGGCAGAUGUUGCUUCGCAUGGAGCUGGUGAAGCUGGUGUUGAGGAAAAGUCUGAGAGCAAGGCCACGAGGGACAAAGAGAAGCACAAUCGGAGGAUGAGGUUUUACAGAAGCCUGAAGAGAAAUGAAAAGACUUGUAAGCUUCAUUUGCUAUACGAGCAAUGGUGCUCAGCAAAUGAAUUGUGGAAGCAAUCGUCUUUGGUCUUGCGCAUGAAGAAGGCGGUCAAUAGCAAGACUCGCGGCGCCCGCCGCUGGAUGACCAAGAAGGACAUCGAAGCUCGAUAUGAUGCAGAAGUGGCUGCUGAAAUUAUCGAAGCCAAAUCAAAGCCUGAGAUGGAGGGAAUUCUUUGGAAGCCUCACCCAGACCUACCAGGGCGGGAGGACAUGAGGUUAUACCUAUGCUGGGAUGAGUCGACAGAAGAAGAGACCACAGACGACCUGGUGGAGAUGAUGUACGAAGGGUAUGAUGAUGAUGUGAAGCGGCGUGAGAAGAGCAAGGAGUCAGAGGAUGAUGAGGAGAGCAGCGAGGACAAGAAGGGCAAGAAAAAGACAAAAGCGAAGUCGAAGAAGCCUGAGAAGAAGCCUGAGAAGGAGAAGGAGAAGACUGCAGAGGAAUUGCAGAAAGAAAAGGAGAAGGAUGAGAAGAGGAAAGAUGAAGAAAGAAGGAAGGCUGAGAAAGAAAAGGCCAAGCAGGAGGAGAAGAAGAAGCAAGAGAUUCGAUCAAAAGGAAAGAAGGCUUGGGCCUGGGCAAGCCAU